AUGCUAAAACCCAGAAGACAAUCCCAAAAAGAACCCGGCUUUCUGUUCAUUACAUUAGAAAGAUCAGAAAAAAUGUUAUCUUUAAUUCUCAAUACAUCACGCCGUAGAUAUUUGCGCCAUGAUUACAAGUUCUUGAUUUCUGGGUUCUCUUCGUUUUCGCUUAAAACUAUAAAAGAACCAUCUGAGUCUCAUUUUAGCGGAUCAAAGAAAUAUCUUUCUUCAGGUUGCAGUGAGAAUUACAGGGUUUUGGCUUCUGGAACUGGUGUUUUACAAAGAAAUUUUUCUGGGUUUGCUUCAGCUCAGCUUCCGAGAGUUAUAUGUCGAUAUGAGUGUAAUAAGGAUCCGGUCAAUAAUUCAAUGUGGUUAUACUUUUUUAGUACACAGGCAGCCGUGGAACUAUCAACCACUGAUGGGCUAACUGUUGACGGAAUUGUUGCUAAUAAUUGGAUAAUUCUUGAUGAGAAUGAAAGCGAUUGGAAGAGUCAUGCUGCUGCUAUUGCUCAAUCCAUUCAAGUGAUCAAGAAGCGCUUGCAGUGGAAGAAGUUAAUGGUUAGGUUAGAUCUGUUAUCAGUGCAGCUGAAUAAGCCCGACCUUUGGGAUGAUCCUGUUCUAGCUGGGAAGAUAAGCCGCGAACAUGGUUCACUUAUGGCUAAAAGGAAGGAGGUAACUGCAUUUGAGAGGGAAUUGCUUGAGCAUAUUGACAUGAUAAAACUGGCUCGUGAAGAGGAUGAUGCUGAGUUGGAAUCGGAAUCAUUGAAAGCUUUAUUUCACAUGAGAAGAAAUUCAAAAGAGAAAGAGCUUGAAGCUUUGUUAGCUGGCGAGCAGGAUUCUUGCUCCUGUUACAUAGAGGUUCAAUCUGGAGCUGGGGGUACUGAGAGCAUGGACUGGGCGAAAAUGGUCAUGCAAAUGUAUAAGCUAUGGGCUCAACGGCGUGGUUAUAAUGUAACAGUGGUGGAUGAAAUGCCUGGUGAGAUUGCAGGAAUCAAGCGUGCAACAAUCAAGGUAGAUGGUGAAUAUGCAUUUGGAUAUGCCAAAGCAGAGGUAGGAGUGCACAGGUUGGUUCGUAUCUCACCUUUUGACAGUGGAAAGCGUCGGCAUACUUCAUUUGCUGCUGUUGCUGUAAUUCCGAUACUAGGUGAUGGAUCCACUCAUGUGCAAAUUAAUGAGUCUGAUCUCCGUAUUGAACGCUAUCGAUCGGGGGGACCUGGCGGUCAGCAUGCUAACACAACUGAGAGUGCUGUGAGAAUAGUUCAUAUCCCAACAGGAGUCACUGCUACUUGUCAAAAUGAAAGAUCACAGCAUAUGAAUAAGGCUUCAGCAAUGGCAGUGCUCCAAUCUCGGUUGGACCAGCUUGAGAUGGCUCGUCAGGCUCAGAUGAAUGCACAGCAUACACAGUCACUCACUGAAAUAAGUUGGGGCAACCAGAUUCGCACUUAUGUGCUCCAUGUAUGUUGCAGCCUUAUCGCAUGGUUAAAGAUCUGCGAACCAAUUAUGAGGUCUCUGACCCUGACUCCGUGCUUGAGGGAGAGAUAGAUGGCUUCAUCUUGAGUUACUUAUCAGCGUCUCUCGAUAAAGACGAAGACUACCAGUAAGCUUAGCUUGAUACUUGCAUAUUCCGCAGAUUGGCAAAAGAAUUCCCUGCAGUCUACGUGCUUCAUUGUUCAACCUGUAUGAACUUCAGCUGCUGGAUUAGUGAUGAGCACGGCAAUACAUACUGCACAUGUCAAUCAUGGGUGAUAGAUUAUCCUGAAGAUGAUGACUAUAAUUAGAAAGCACAAUGAGUUUUUCUCUAUGUAGUUAAGCAAGGAUGAAAAAACAUAUGCUGCAGAGAGUUUUUAUCACUUGUAGUUGUAAGUACAUAUUCUUCAUGGCAAGCUGUGAUUGCCAUCAGUUACAAAAUUGGUCAGUAUUUAUAACAGAAUAAAAUGUUCAUUGCUUUGAUAA